AUGCGGAGGCUCGGCGGGCGUGGGCUCUUGUUGGGCCUAGCCGCGGCGGCGGCGGCGGCGGCGGCGGCACGGUGGAUGGGCUGGUGGGGCGGCCGCGCUGGCCUUCGCCUUUUCGUCCCCGAGGAGCUGGCCCGCUACCGCGGCGGCCCCGGGGACCCGGGCCUCUACUUGGCGUUGCUCGGCCGCGUCUACGAUGUGUCCUCCGGCCGGAGGCACUACGAGCCGGGGGCCCACUAUAGCGGCUUCGCAGGCCGGGAUGCAUCGAGGGCGUUUGUGACUGGGGACUACUCUGAAGCAGGCCUGGUGGACCAUGUAGCUGACUUGUCGUUUUCGGAGGUGCUGACCCUUCAAAAUUGGCUUUCGUUCUACGAGAAGAAUUACGAAUUCGUUGGAAGGGUGAUAGGACGGUUCUACGGAGAGGACGGCCUCCCUACGCCGGAACUGACCCAGGUGGAAGCCAUGAUCAGCCGAGGCUCGGAGGCGGGCCGGCGGGCGCUGGAGGAGAAGCAGACGUUCCCACCGUGCAAUGCCGAGUGGAGCUCCAGCAGGGGCAGCCGGCUCUGGUGUUCCCCGGAGAGCGGAGGUGUGAGCAGAGACUGGAUCGGUGUCCCCAGGAAGCUGUACAAGCCGGGUGCCAAGGAGCCCCACUGUGUGUGCGUGAGAACCACCGGACCCCCUAGCGACCAGUCACCGGGCCUCCCUGCAGACACGAACCGUGGGGACUUGGACCACCCCAGCUUGGGGGAGUACACGGGCUGCCCACCCCUGGCCAUCACCUGCUCCUUCCCGCUGUGAGUCCGUGCCCCAGAUGGUGAUAACCCCCAGGGAACCCUGCCUGGAAGCACGCUGCCCACACUCUGCAAACAUGGCCCACGCCCCUCACCGAGGGCUCACCCUCCUGUGCCUGAGACCAGAGCGCGCCGGCCUGCCCGGUACCUGUCAGCCUGUUUGUGAUCUACUCGCCAUCCUUCUUCAGAGCCCUCAGACGGCAAUGCGCGCAAAUCUGACCAACUCAAAACUAACUGGACUGCCAUGCCCGACCUGUAACUCCCCACCCGGCUAGGGCACUGGGGGCACUGGCCAAUCGGAGACAGGCAGACGCGUCCAGAGAAGCCACGGAUCGUUCAGAGCGUCCAUGUAACUCUUCUAGGUUCCCCUGAUUUUACCUCUGCCCGGAGCCAAGCCACACCCAGUUGAUGGGAGCCGAGCCCAACCGGGAGAGGGAACAAUGAAACAGGGCAGGCUAAUCCUGGAGGGGAAGGGCUUUCGCUUACACGGAGGCAGCAAAUCCAGACGCCUCCGAGCAGCAGUUUGAAGUGAGGAUAUUCUUUCUCUCUUAAACAUUUAGAAUUAGGUGUGGGACA